UCUUUGUCUUUGGAUGACACUUUGUUUUUAGUAUAAACAAGAAGUUGAGUAAAGCAUCCAGGUUCCAGUGACCUUGAGAAUGGCUGGGGAAAUAGAGGGAUUAAGGCAGAGCAGCUCAAGCCAGUCACCAAGAACUAAGUGCCCAGCUCCGUUCCUCUGUAAGACAUAUGAUCUCCUAGAAGAAGAAGAAGAAGAAGAAGGAAAUAAAGGAGGAGAUGAUCAUGGUAGAAGAAUUGUGUCUUGGAAUGAAGAGGGAACUGGGUUUGUGGUUUGGUCUCCUCAAGACUUCUCCCAGUUCACCCUUCCUAGAUACUUCAAGCACAGCAACUUCUCUAGUUUCAUUCGCCAGCUUAAUACAUAUGGAUUUAAGAAAGUUGCCACAGACCGGUGGGAAUUCCAGCACCAAAAGUUCCAAAAGGGAAGUAGGCGUCUACUAGUGGAAAUCACCAGGAAGAAGUGUGAGCCAAGCAUCUACCCAGCCUUCCUCAAAGCCUCUGGAAAAGACUCAGCUUCUGCUGUCGAUGAGAACAACCGUCUGCUAAUGGAGGAGAAUAAGAACCUAAGGAAAGAGAAGUCGGAAUUGCUAAUGCAGAUAUCACAUUUCAAAGCCCUGGAGAUCAAGCUCUUAGACUGCCUCUCUCAAUGCAUGGGCAGCCAUAGAAAAGUUAGAAGAGUUUGUUAGGAGCUAAUGAAUGGAGAAAGAACAGAACAACUCCGCAUUUGUACUGGAGAGUGGAGACCUAGUAGAAAAAGGAUAACAGUCUUUCUUUUUCUUCAUCCCUCUGUU